CGAAGUAGUGAUUCGGGGGCGGAUCUUGCCAGUAGGCACACGCCGCCGCUGUGUGGCCGCUCACAUCGCGCUCACCUCCGGCUUCCUCCUCGCUGCCUACCCGUUCUGGCUCUCCGUGGCGACCAUGGCGGCCAAAAAUAGAAAGCAGACGGGGAAGAGUUCUUCCUCGCAGGGUGACAAAGGCGAUAAGACCUCGCCGAUUCCUCCUGGAGGUAAAAGUGUCUCCAGGCGGGCAGGCAGAGAUGGCAAAGCUCACGGCGGUGGAGGCUCACACCAAAACGGGUUAACGGGCAUCAGGAACAAGCUGGGGCUGACUGGCUGGGGGGCGGCCGGGCUGGGAUUCACUCUCCUCCUCGCUACCCUAAGCGGAUAUCUCCACUGGUAUCAUCUCACACAGCUCUUUGAGAACGACAGACACUUUUCACACUUGUCCAGCCUGGAGAAGGAGAUGGCUUUCCGUACAGAAAUGGGUUUGUACUACUCUUACUACAAGACCAUCAUCGAGGCGCCCUCCUUCCUGCAGGGCCUGCACAUGGUGAUGAAUGAUCGGCUGACAGAGUACCCGCUGGUUAUUAACACCCUGAAGAGGUUCAAUCUCUACCCAGAGGUGGUUCUGGCCAGCUGGUACCGGUUGUACAUGGGUGUCAUGGGUUACUUUGGCAUCCCUACCAAGAUGUGCUGGUCCAUCAAUAGAGGAGAAGGCAUGACACCUGUGGACAGUUGUGAAGGCAUGGGUGACCCGGCAUACUUCUACGUCACCUGUGUAUUCUUGCUCAACGGUGCGAUGCUGAGCCUGUUCUUCCUGUAUGGCACCUACCUCAGUGGCAGCUGGCUGGGCGGCAUUGUGACCACUUUGUGUUUUUUCUUCAAUCAUGGCGAGAGCACCCGUGUGAUGUGGACUCCUCCUUUGAGGGAGAGUUUUGCCUACCCCUUCCUCGUCUUGCAGAUGUUGCUCCUCACUUUCAUUUUGAGAACCCGGAACCCGGGCAGGAUGGCCUUGGCUGCUCUGGGCAUCUCCACGUUGUGCUUCAUGCUGCCAUGGCAGUUUGCCCAGUUUGUGCUGCUCACUCAGGUGGCUUCCUUGUUUGCGUCAUACAUCCUGGGUUACCUCAGUUCUGCUAAGAUGCAGUCAGUGUUGGUCACUCACAUGGUCACGCUGGCCGUCUGCUUUGUGCUGAUGUUUGGCAACUCCAUGCUCCUCACGUCCUUCUAUGCCUCCUCCCUUGUCUCCAUCUGGGCUAUCGUUGCGUUGAGGGAUCGGUUUACUCAGAUCUUCAAAACUGGCCUCGUCUUCUGGGUCAUGCAGGCUUUAGUUUGGGUCGGCUCCACUGUUCUGCUCAAAUUCUUGCUGUCCACAAUCCUUGGUGCUUCAGAUGAUGCUCACAUCAGUGCCUUGAUCAAGUCCAAGUUCAGCAGCUACAAGGACUUCCACACACUCAUGUACACGUGUGCUGCAGAGUUUAACUUCAUGGAGUGGGAGACUCCUACACGCUACUGGAAAACGUUGCUGCUGCCAGUUAAUGUGUUGUUGGUUGCUCUGAUAGCAAAGACGAUUGUUCAGGAUGUCUUCCGAUUCCUGAGGGAUGGAGGGAAGGCACCUGUAGGGAACAAUGGGGAGGAUAAGGGUGACCAAGCUGUAAGGUGUGACGUCACCAAAGGAGAAAUGGCCUACCACAGCCUGCAGCUGGUGGCGUUCACUCUACUGGCCAUCCUCAUCAUGCGACUCAAGCUCUUCCUCACGCCUCACAUGUGCAUCAUGGCCUCGCUGAUCUGCUCCAGACAGUUGUUCAGCUGGCUCGGUGAGAAGGUGAAGCACCGGGCCGCUGUGGUCCUGGUCCUGGCCUUGAUGGCAGUACAAGGAGUGGCCAACCUGCAGGCCCAGUGGGGCAUCAUUGGAGAGUUUAGCAACAUGCCGCAGGAGGAGCUGCUGGACUGGAUCCAGGAGAACACCAGCCCUGACUCUGUGUUUGCUGGAGCCAUGCCCACCAUGGCCAGUGUCAAGCUGUCCACCGGUCGCCCCAUCGUCAACCACCCCCAUUAUGAAGACGCUGGUCUGAGGGAGAGAACAAAGCUGGUCUACUCCAUGUACAGCCGCAUGUCUGCAGACAGCGUGAAGAGCAACCUAAAGAAGCUGGGAGUGGACUACUUUGUUCUGGAAGAUUCUUGGUGCACCAGGAGGACAAGACCUGGCUGCAGCAUGCCAGAGAUCUGGGAUGUGGAGGAUCCCCAAAACAUGGGUAAAACUCCUCUUUGCACUCACAUGUCAAGGAAUUCGUGGCCUCACUUCACCACAGUCUUUGCCAAUCACAUCUACAAAGUCCUCAAAGUGGCCAAAGAUGUCAGAUAACAGUGAAGACGACAGAUAACAACCCAACUUCACUGUCACCACCGCUGCUUUUCAAGUAGCAUCAAUACAGUAUCUCCCUUUUUUGUGCAGCGAUGCAGGGAAUCUUGCGCCUUCUGUUUUGUUACAUGGGAUCUGUUAUUGUGUCUCAAGAGAAAAUGAUUACUUCAUUGGUUUACAUGAUGUCCACAUGCUGUGAAAGCAAUACCUACAAAAGACAGCAGCCAACCACUCAUUCUGUUGUUUUGUACGGCAUUAUUACUUUGUAUUUAUUUGUGUGCUCACGUGUACACAAGGCCAGUGAAGUUGUCUUUUUGUGUAUGAAGUACAUUGAUCAUGUGGAUUGCCUUUACACUUUGUUGAUCGAGCAGUAAGAGUAUGAGGCAGAUGCGCCCCAUUCAGUUCAAGUCACAACAAUUCAUCCCUUGUUUUUAUUUCCUCUGUUAGAUCUCAUACUGCCAAGCCACAAUAUGUGUAGCAGUACUUACAUCUCAGUGGUAGUAGCAUGGGGUUUGGAAAAUGGUCUUUUGUGACACAUAACGCGAGAUAUGAGGAGACAACUAGCGUUGCAACAAACUAAAGGGUUAGCCUCAAUGUGCCACAGUGAGUGAUGGGACAAAUACAUCACAAAGUUCAUUUUGUAAAUAAAUGUACAAUGCUUUUUUUAAUGAACGUUUUCAAUCCCUUUUUAAUGCGUUUAGCAUUCCUUCCUUUUUGCUGUCUAUGCGUGUUGCACAUGUCUUUUGUAAUAUUGUUUGUAUUGAAAUAAAGGGUCUGAUUUCUUA